CGAAUCAAAACAUUUUCAUCGCUGAAAACAGAAGAAAAUACCGUCGAGGAACCAAGAAAUCGAGAGAGAUGAGUUCAAUAGCAGCUGCGUACCUAACGAGAAGAGCAGCUCAAAAGGAGCGGGUUCAGAUCCUCUACCGCCGAGCUCUUAAAGACACUCUAAACUGGGCCGUUCAUCGCCACCUCUUCUACAAAGAUGCCUCAAACUUACGCGAGAAAUUUGACGCUAACAAAGAUGUGGAAGAUCUGGAUACAAUUGAUAAACUGAUAGCCUAUGGUGAGGCUGAGCAUAAUAAGUGGCGCCACCCUGAUCCGUAUAUUGUUCCUUGGGCUCCUGGUGGUUCUAAGUUUACUCGAAACCCAACUCCACCUUCUGGGAUUGAGAUAGUGUAUGACUAUGGUCGAGAAGAUACUGCCUAAAUUCAUACCUUUUUCCAUGGAAAUAAAUAAAGAUAUGUUCCAAAAUGUUGAUGUUUCUUGAAAAACAAGAUGUUUGAAUAUUUAGUCGCUCUCCUUGCAACAUCUGAGCACAACCGCACUGAAGCUGAAUCUUUAUUGGUUUUGCAGUUUGAGAUUGAUCCGACUGCUGUGGAAGAUAAUGGUUAAGGCCAGCAUCUUGUUUGUGUUUAUUGAACGAAGCCGAUGAUGAUAGACUUAUGGAUAUUUAGACAUGUUUCACAGCGCUGUAUUUGUUUUCUUUUUUCUUUCUAAAGAAAGAUAUUUUAUUGCAGAAGCACCAAACCGGGAUAAGAUGAUCCGGAAUCCUUUCAAUGAAAAUUUUAUCUUCUUGAUUUA